CGAUUACUUCACUUGAUCACUUUAACCAAUUUCAUUGGAAAUUCCCCCAAUCAAGAAGCAUCUUACCUCCCCCACCUCCAAACAAAAUCACGACUUUACUUCCCCGGCAUUGAUUUCUACCUUCAUCGAUCAAUUUCAAAGCCACCGAUCUCCACCUUCCUUGAAAUACCCCCAAAAUUCCACCUUUCGGAACUGGUCAACUUCCUCUUAAUAUAUAUAUGAUCUAUACAUGAAAGGUGAAAUCACUUCUUCAUUGUCAAUCUUCAAUCGAUAUUCCAAGCUUUAAUGGCGGCAUCGACGAAUCAAAUCGAGUUUCAGGAUCAUUUACCUUUGAUUGAGGAGAAAUUGGGCGGCGAUGGUUUGAUAGGAGAAUUAUGCAAUGGGUUCCGACUGUUGAUGGACGCUGAUAAAGGUUUGAUUACGUUCGAUAGCUUGAAGAAAAAUUCAUCGCUUUUGGGGCUACAGGAUCUGAGCGACGAUGAUCUGUUGAGUAUGUUGAGAGAAGGAGAUUAUGAUGGUGAUGGUGCGUUGAAUCAGAUGGAGUUUUGUGUUUUGAUGUUCAGAUUAAGCCCAGAUCUUAUGGAGCAAUCUGGGUUUUUGUUGGAAGAAGCUCUUGAACAGGAGGAUAUAUGCUGCAAUGUAUCAAGGCUUAUAAACCUGUGA